AUGGCGGGGUCCUGGCAGGCCUAUGUUCAGGGAUCACUUGAGGGAGUGUAUGGCCCUUCAGAUGCAGCUGAUUGGUUCUGGUCCACCAAGCCCUCUCUAGCCAAAGGCCGCCUCUACCAAUCGAUCUGUUUUCGAUCUUUUGUAACCGAUCGGCAAGCAGAGGUCAAGAAUCUAAACACAGCGAUUUCGACACUACCUAAGAAAUUUCUCAAUCGGUCGAUUUCGAUGACUAAGCCAAGGACUGACUUCCCUGGACAAUUAGCAGCUAAUGAGUUCAACUUUCCUGCUUUGAUCGACCUUGAUCCUUGCAGUAACCGAAAGUCCCUUCGUUCAGAGUCAAAGGACUAA